UGCAUUGAAUGUGAUACACAUCGAACCCUUCGUCGACCAUCUAUGAACCCAACUGUGGAUUGAUUCAGAGGUCUUAGCCAUCCAAAUCGAUAGAUUCUUCCGGUUGAUGGGUCACCAGAAGGCUCUUCUAGAUCCAUGAUUGUGGUGACGGGUGAGCAUUAGGACAGUAGUAGAGAGUGUACGAUAUAAUGUACCAAGAGUUGGUCUACCUAUUGAACGGCUCUGAUCAAGUCAGUGGGGUCCCAUUUUUACAGAAUUUGUGUGAAACGAUACGUGAUUCUCUGCUAAAAUAUAUGUGGUGGAGGGAUUUUCUCAUUUAAAUUGUGGUGAUUACAGACAACAAAAAUGACUUGAAGUAUAGCCGCAAGCCAAUGGAGAGUGAAAUGUUGAACCUUCUCUUUGCUGAAAGCCUUCCAUGGCACUCUAUUAUGGGGCUGCUUCUCUCCACUCAAGGCCUUCACCCCCUAUAAUUUCGGUUCCAAAAUGCAGACUUUUACUCCUUAAGCUCUACUCCAGCUCUCCAAGCCUACAAACAGGAAAACAGCUCUCCGCUUCUUUUAAGGCGGCGGCUCAAUCAGAAGGAACAGAGGGAGGAGUAACAAAGGACCCUUCAAGUUUCUCAGGUUCAUUCUCUUCUGCCCGGACUCAGCUAGAUCUCUUGGAACAACUGACAUCAACCAGCUCCUCGGGUGAUGGUUAUGAGAGUGGUGGUGAUUAUCAGCGACCAACAAUUCAUGAUCAGCUCUCUCAGCUGGUUGGAGACCAAGAAGGUCAGGAUUUCAGCAUACCGUUAGGUAAAAAUCUAAAGAAGGCGACUGAAAAGUUUUUAACUAUCUCACAGAAGAGGAACAUCAAAAGACAGGCUUACUUGAAUCAAGUGUCCAAAAGAAAUGAUAUUUUCUUUGCCACAAUUGGAGCAUUUGUACUUCUUCCACCGUUAGUCAUAUUAGGAGUAGCUGUAUUAACUGGUUAUGUGCAGCUUUUUCCAUGACUUUAAAUAUUAAAGAGGAUAUUAGAAAUUCUUCUAGUUAUCUGGAAA